UGAUAAAAUCGCAUCUUUAAACACCAUCACAUUUCAGCCAAUUAGUGCUAGUGAAAUGUUCUUUGUCCCCGGGGCGUAACUGGAGAGAACAGUUAAUUGCUGCACAAUAAAUAAUGUUCGAUCGUUUUACGGACUCGAGAACACAUCAUCACAAUAGCAAGAAGGACCAAGUGAUCCGUGGGCAAAUCGAGUGGCUAAGGAUCGAGUCAAAUUUUUCGACUGUGACCAAGCAAGAUGAAAUCUCUGGGUCUCUUGUUCUUCUCGCCGAUUCUCCUCCUCACUUCGGUAGAAUCCUGCUGCCAGCAGCCUUCUAGCGGCCUAAAGAGAAAAUGGGAACUCUGGACCCGUCCAGUUCUGCGGAAGCGAGCCAUGGAGAUAGCCCAAAAACGACUAUUGAACAUUUUAGGAUUGGACGACUUUCCAAAACCCGGGCGCCAUGUAAUUCCUCACAAGUUUAUGUUAGAGAUAUAUAGAAACUUAUCUAGCGGAAACUACAAAGGGAAUAAGGUCUCGGAUAUGCUACCAAAUUCAGUUGUCGGUAUAGUGGAUCAAGGUCAGUUUUGUUAUCUUGGUUUUUUUUGUAAGUGUUUCUCAUUGUCUGUAUUUGUUUUGCAUUUCUGACUUUCUCGGGUCGUGUUUCUUGUUUCUCUAUCGAUCGCUUUAGAACUAAUGAUGUUGUAGUUAAUAGCUCCUUUUCCGAUUUCUUUUCUUUUAGAGCGCUCAGACAACUCAGCCACUCCAACAAGUCAACAAGUGUUUUAUUUUAACGUUAGCAACGUUCACUCUUCGCAUACGGUUCUUGGCGCGCAGCUCCGAGUGUUAAGACUGCCAACUCUUAUAAAAGAUAAGUCUUUUACAGAACAACACGGAACAGCCUACAGAGCAAAACUCUAUGGCAAGCACGUCACAGAUAUACCAAACUUUGUUCCGUUUGGAUCUAAUCUCGAAUUGCUCGACUCUUUCGCGUUUGACAUUUCUGACUUGUCUCAUGAACAAUGGAACGUGUUCACUGUCAAGAAAGCAGUUGAAAAGUCGCAGAAAGCUCAAAGCAAAUUACAAGUUCUUGAAUUACGCGUGGAAUCUUUAACGAGUGGCGAGCUUGUCCCACCGGAACUAGUGGGAUUUUCAAAAACCGGACGGCUGUACAACAAACAUGCUCUUCUUGUUGUAUUCACUACCGAUGGCAAGUCUGGUCAGCCCAUCCGGAAGCCAGCGCCAGAUGAAAACAAAGCCCCCGGUAACGCAAUGUCAAGUGCAAAACGCACUGGUGUGCCACAAGAAAAAGACAGCCAGUUAGAACAUACGCGUGUACGAAGAGACUUGAGGUCAAAAUCCGGAGGUAACAACAAAAAAACCCGGCGAGGGACAAAGUCAAGACGACGCCGCAAAAAGGACUCAUGUCGGCGAAAGCCUUUGUUAGUCGACUUUAACCAGCUUGGCUGGUCUGAUUGGGUGAUUGCGCCGAGAGGAUACAGCGCUUACUUUUGUCAGGGUCUUUGCGAGUUUCCUAUCGACAAUCACUUAAAACCGACCAACCACGCAACAGUACAAACUAUUUUGAACUCCGUGGCGCCCUCUCUUGCCCCUCAAGCGUGUUGCUCGCCUAAUAAAUUCAGUGCUAUUAGCAUUCUCUUUGUGGACUCAAAUGAAAAUAUCGUUUACAAGAAGUACGAUGAUAUGGUGGUGGAACGGUGCGGGUGUAAGUGAAAUGAAAAGAGCCGAACCGAGCUAUCAGUGGCCUGUACUCAACGCCCUCGGGGUUUGGUGACGAAGGUGCUGACUGCACAGUUACUGUUACUCCGAGUGCUGGUGUAUCGCUGUUCUUAUUGAAUCAACACCCACCCAGCGGCUAAACUAUAGAACUGUUAACACCCGAAGAUGCUGUUUCAGAGUGUUCUCGAGACUCUUGCGGACUUUCAUCACUUAAAAACAUCUCAAAUACCGCACCAUUCGAAUUCUUCUGAGGCUACAUGAAUGCCUCAUAAUAAAACGGAACCGUAUUUACUCGAGGCUUGAUCCUUGGGACGAUUUCGUUUGCAUAAUCGCAUUAAAAUUAUCACCGAUAUUGUUUAUGAACUCAGAAGCGAUUGUUAAAAAUGUCUUGAACGGAGUUUGACUGACAGGUAAAACAAGGUUUCUGAUCCUAGUCGACCACAAAUGCUAAGAUACACUAAACAUUACAGCCGUUAGAUGGAAGGAAAGAGUGAAUUCUAGACCAACUUCGUAUUUUCACUGUGUUAUUUAGUCGGGAUUAUUGUUUGACUUCUUGAAUUUUGUCACCUCGUUAUUUUUAUCUGAUUGCGUACGCCUCCAAUCAGUUCUAGCUGCUAGGUGGCUGCUGGUUGUUACUGCACACAACUAUAUGUACGCUCUUCAGGCUACUGUCAGUGCUAGGCCAUAAGGUAUCCGGGUCGGGCGUACGUAUAUUACAUAAUUAGCCGUAGGUCUUUUCCACGUUUAUGGUUUGUAUCUACGUUUGUUAUACACGAUUAUCGAACAAUCGACUACUCAUUUAUUAUUAGGUUGGCCAAAUGUAAAUAGUGAUAUGAGUUAUUUAUUUUGGAUUUAAAAGGUAGAAAAGCGCCCGACUCAAUUAUUGGACUAUUUUUAACGCGAUCUGGGGAUGCGAUUCAGUCAUUCAUCCUUACACAAAUGAAAUGGGAAUCUAAAAAUAAAUUGGUGCUUAAAUCGGCCCGUUGGGCAUGAAUUUGCUAAUGUGGGG